AUCUGGAGUCGUCCAACGCGAUAGCUAUUGGAUCGAACGUCAUUACUGAGUUUUCAUAAAAGAAACAGUAUUACGUUUGUUUGCGCUGAAGAAGUUGACGACGAUGAAACAAAGUUUACUUUUCUGUUUAGGGUUUCUGGUUGGUCUCCAAGCACAGGAAGAUUAUACUGAGCCAACAGUACUAUUUAAUGAGGAGCCUAUGACAAUGCCUAUACCAAUGCCCAGACUUUCUCUCCAAAGUAUGCCCAGACUCAGACCAAUUGAUUUAUUAAAGAAACUCAAGUCCAAAGAAGACAUAAUUAGGCCAUAUCAUCUAACUACAAAAGACAAGCCUACACUAGUACGUCCCGCUGACAGAAAGAAGCCUAAACUAGACCUCCUAGAUGACCAAGACAAGCAGAGACUAGUCUAUUCAGCUGACCAAGACGAACACAGACUGGGCUUUUUUGCUGAUCAAAACAAGCCAGAACUAGACAGGUUCAACUAGAUAAACAGCCGAUUCCACAACAAUACUAAAUCCUUCAAAGUUGGUCUUUAAAGCUGUAUCAUCUAAAUCUAUUUCCAUGUAUCAAAAAGUUCCUAACACCCGAAUCAGCAAUGUCGAAACACCUUGAUCGCCACGCUAUGUAUAACCCAUUCAUCAACAAAUUCUUAACAACUGAAUCCCAGGCUGAGAAUUAAAGAAGCUUGUUUAAGUAUGUAUAGUUUUAAGGGAGCCCACUACUUGACCUACUUUUUCUUGCAGAUAAGAAAUAAACUUUCUGUUGUA